GUCGGCGGCGACGACGCGACCUUUGGCGCCCUGGAGGAGGCGCGUGGCGAGCUGCGUGACCGCAUCAUUGGGGACGUGCUGCACCCCGUGGACGCGUGGAGGGAGCUGCUGCGCGUGGUCGAGGCGAGCGCCGCCGACUGGGACUCUGGUUUUGCACCCAGCUGGACGAGGGAUUUGGGGCCGCCCGGUCGCAUG